AUAAAUGAUAAGCCUAAUUUAACGUUGGAAGUAUAGUGUCAGGUUAUAUAAUUGUGUGCGUAAAAUACCAAUGUUGUGGUGUUUUUUUAAUUCUCUUUAGAUUUCUAAUUAGAUUUUAGUUAUUGAUAAGACCUGUUUUAAAAUAUAACAUUGCAAAUGCCAGAAGACGUGGCCCUUUGACGUAUGAAUUGUUUUUGACAACGUUACUGUUAGUACUAAUGUUAAAUAAGUAAUGCUAAAUUUUAGUAUAGUGUUAUUCAACUUAUUGUUUAUUUGGCUGGAUCGUAGUCAAGUUGUACCUGUAGUCUGUUAAAUUAGAAAAUAUUUAUUCAACAAAUUUGUGAUUCAGUAUUCAUUUGAUUGCAACGUUGUGAAAAAUACAUAAUAGUUAAUACAGAUUAAUAAUAAAAUCUUGCAGACGCAGUGAUAUUGCUUACUUAGUUACUAUAGACUGAGUAUACUGUAUAGUACUGUUUUCACACGUUUUGGAAAGUAAUGGAGGAUGUGCAUAAAUAUAUUGAGAGAUUGCAUGGUGCAAAAAAUGACACUGAAAAAUUUGCUGCUCUUCUUGUUUUAGCAGAGAUUAUGAAGAGAUUUGAUAAUGAUAUGGAUCAUAUUAAACAAAAGGAUAUUUUUGAUGCAAUUGGAGUUUCGUUUUUAAAUAGACUAUUAUAUGCACAACAGGUUCCAGAAGGAUGUCCAAAGGAAAUUUUCAAGUCAGUUGCCCUAGCCAUUUUGGCUGCAUUAUCUACUGCUUGUGAAUCUCCAGCAUACAAUUUUAUCUGCAGUCAUAUUGAUACUUUUAAAGAAAUCAUACAGUCAAAAGAAGAAUUGAAUUCUCCAGAUGAUUUGACACGUAGAGAUAUUUUACAGUGUUUACUAAACGUUUGUUCUACGGAAGAAGGUAGAAAUAGUGUGAUUUCUAAACAGUUUGUUAGCUACCUUGUUAAUGUGGCCACUAAUUCAUCACAGGAUCGUGAAAAAGCUUUACAGAUUUUAAUAAUUCUGAACCAGUAUUUCAAAAGUGAGGUUUGGGGGCAAGAUGCUGGAUCAUUUUCUGCAAUCAUGUACUGUAUAGCUAAAGAAUUUAAAGAAGACACUACUAGGCAUAAAUUUGAGCUUUGUGACAAAUUAACAAAGCUAUUGAUUGAUAAUCCAACAUGUUCAACAUAUUCUCACAGUCAAUGGAGUGAACUUAUACGGGAAGGUUUGUUUGAUCUACUGAAAAAUAAGCUGGGAAAAAUACAGCGUGACAGCACCUUAAAAUUGGCAAGUGCAAUGGUAGAGAGGUUUGGAUUACUUUGGGUUUUAAAAAACAGGGAUGAAACAGAAACAACCAAAAGAGAUUUGAGCCUUUUGGUUCAUCUAGUGUCUAUAGAAGUACGAAUGAUUCUGGAAGACAGGUCAGUGCAAGAAAUUGUUGAAAAUAUAGAUGUGCUUUCUGCAUGUUACACAGUUCUGGAGGCAACCAUAACUAUGAUGUGUGAUGAGUCUGUGUGGCAUAUUGAAUCAGCCACAACAAAACAAUUACUUAUUGCACUUACCGAUGCAUUUCAAGCCAUUAUUUCAUUUCUGUUGGAGGUUUCUAAAGAAUGGGAUGAUUGGCAUAAAACUUUGGAAACGUGUGAACCCAAACGGUAUGUAACACUUGCCUCUGUAAGGGUACUUUCAUCCUGGUUAGCAGAAGAAACAUUUGCACUUAAAGAAGAGGUGUGUAUGGUUAUUCCCUGCCUUUUAAAAAUAGGAGAACUUUUUUUUAGGGAGAACAAAGAAAAGCUUUCAAAACCAGUAGACCAGGUUAUGUGUGAUCAAGAUGUUGAUGUAAUACGUUUUUUAUCCCCUGCCCUUUGUCACAUGAGUGCUGAUGACAAAACUCGAAAAGUUUUACUGGAUCAAAAUGCACCAAAACUGCUUUUCGAAUACCUGGAUUUUCAGUGGUUGUUGUGGAGAAAAGAUUUAAAUAAAGAUUCUGAAACAUGUAUUAUUACACUCUGUGGAAUUUUUAUGAACUUAGUGGUUUUAGAAAAAAAAUGGUUGCUGAAAGUAAAUUGUUCUUCUCUUUGUAAAUUUCUGCUCAGUACAGUAUCACAUAUACCUCAAGGAUUUGAGCACAUAACCCUUAAAGCAAAUAUUACAGUUUUGGGACUUCUCAUUGCUACGCAUCAUUAUCAAAAGAUUAAAAGUUGUGAGACAAGUUUUCACCACUUUUUUUCAGCUAGUGUGAAAUUUCUUUGGGAUGCUCAUCAAGUGGAUAAUUCACAAGAUGUCCCUUCUCUAGUAGUUGUGCAAGAAUAUAGUAAAGUCUGGAAUGACAUUAUGGAACUUUGGUUUCUGGGAAUUCAAUCACUUUCCAGUCUGUUGUCAUCAGCCACGUGGGUUGCCACAUUCCUGCUAGAAAGUGGUUGGCCCCAGCACAUUAUUUCAUCACUCGGGAAGAUAAAUUCUCAUGCUGUAGAAAAUAGUGUCCAGUCAGCUUAUCACCAACUUCUGUGUUGUUUACUACAAAAUUGUCCUGGUGCUCAAGAGCAGCUUUUGAAUUGUGGUGCAAUGUUGGUAAUUCAAACCCAUGGGUUGAAAGAAUUGGAAACACUUAUGAAUAAACUAGAGAUGUGAAUUAAAAAGGCAGUGAUGUGUUGUGACAGGACUUUGUUUGUAGAUUAAAAUAUUAUAUCAUUUUGUAUGGAAGAGUAUGAUAGUUUUCCAGGUGUGUAUCAUGUAUUCAUUUUUUAAAUUGAAUCUGUCUGUAUUAGGUCAUCCCUGGUGACUAUUGCAAGUGUUAGGUUGUUAAUACUCUUAAGAUUCAGAUUUUUUUUUUUGAGGAACAAGGUUUCUUAAAAUACAAUUUUGAAGUAGAAAAUAA